CAACUGUAACUGUGUCGUUAGGUAAAGUUUGUAAACAAACGAGUCACUUAGACUUGGAAUUCCUUGAACUUUGUGCGCUCAUGAUAUAUAGACGUUUCCAACAUCUUUCGCGUUCGUUCAAGCCUGUAAUUUGACAGUAGAUAAUGAAUUCAGAGUCAAAAAGUAAAAAUGUACACAGGACAGAAAGUUUUUUCUUUAAAUACAUUUUAUCAUCAUGCGCUGCAAGUGUUGCCGAAAUAGCAACAUAUCCCCUGGAUAUUACCAAAACAAGAUUACAAAUACAAGGAGAAACAGCAUUAAAUAAAUGUAAUGCUUGUAGUGCUGGUUUAAAAUCGAGAGGGAUGUUUCAUACUGCUUUUGGUAUUGUGCAAGAAGAAGGUUUGCUGAAACUCUGGCAAGGUGUGACGCCUGCUAUUUAUCGACAUUUAGUAUACAGUGGCUGUAGGAUGACCUUCUACGAGAUGUUUAGAGAAAAGCUGUUAAAACCAAAUUCAAAUGGUGCUCCAGCUCUCUGGAAAUCUGUUCUCUGUGGAAGUGCAUCUGGCGCUUUAGGUCAGUUUUUGGCUAGUCCUACGGAUCUGGUUAAAGUUCAGAUGCAAAUGGAAGGAAGAAGAAGAUUAGAAGGUUAUCCUCCAAGGGUAAGAAGCACGUGGCAUGCAUUCCAGAAGAUAGUGACAGAAAGUGGAAUUAAAGGUCUGUGGAAGGGCUGGGUCCCUAACGUUCAAAGAGCUGCUCUGGUCAACAUGGGUGAUCUUGCCACAUAUGAGUGUAGCAAACAUUUUAUGUUAAGAAACAACCUUAAGGAUAAUUGGCUGACUCAUAUGCUUGCAAGUGGUUGCUCAGGAUUGAUUGCUGCUACUCUUGGUACACCUGCUGAUGUCAUUAAAACUAGAGUAAUGAAUCAGCCUUUAGACUCAAAUGGAAAAGGACUAUUUUACAAGUCUUCCAUUGAUUGUUUAGUAAAAACUGUACAGGAAGAAGGAUUUAUGGCCUUGUAUAAAGGAUUUGUACCCAUUUGGACUAGGAUGGCACCCUGGUCAAUUACAUUUUGGGUUACGUAUGAAGAAUUAAGGAGACUGUCUGGAGUAUCUUCAUUUUGAUGUUUGUAGAUGAGAAUCAGUAUUUGAUAUGUUAUGUAUGUAUAGGUGCUAAUUUGUAUUCAUAGCAAUUUGUUAUAGAAUAAAAAUAUUUAUUUUAAUACUA